AAUGGGUGUGUGUACUCGCGCACGAGCAUGCACAACAUUACCCCCGACCACGCUCGAAUCGAAAAAGCGACACGGAUGUGCAUACGGUGGUCGCACACUUCGCCACCACUCAAACAGAAGCAGCGGUCGACACACGAGCCAGUCGGACACCCUUCUGAGCGCGUGCAACGCGGUGCGCAGCAGCUGAAGAAGAAGAAGAAGACGAUGACGAAGAGACGGUGGAGGGUAAGGGAGGCUGCGCUGCUAUAUGUAGCCCCGAAUCUUAGCCGGAGCAACUAUUACGCCCGAAAUCCUCGAGGCGGACGCACCCCUGUGUUUAGCAACAGGUACCAGGGUACGCGAGAGACCUUUUAAAUCCGCGGGACACCGUCUUAGUCGGGGGUUCGACGUUCGUUCGCGACAUUCUUCAAUUUCAAAGUAACCUUCAAGUGUUCGUGUGUGACAGUGAAGUUAGAUCAGACAGAUCUAAGGUAUGGUUUCUGUGAUUCUAAGAGGCGAAUAGAGAGAAGACGACGAAUACGAUAAGGAAGAAAAUGCCGAGAGCAUUUCUGAUCACUCACCGACGAUAUAACGGAGUCGAGGAGGAGUUCGAUGGAUCCGGAAGAGAUUUCAGUCCUGAAAGAGGAGUAAGGUUGGCCGAUUACAGUGGGAAUCAUCCAACUUCUGACGGCGCUAGUGAAUGCGGCAGCGAAACAUCAUCAGAGUGUCCGGAGGAACUAUACAAUCUCACGAAACUAGCAGAAGUGAGUUUAGCGGCAGCUGCUGGCACGUUGAUUCAUCCGAACAACGUGAUUUAUCAGCAACCAGCUUCGCCUAGGUGUGCUCAAUUUUCCGACAAAUGCGGUAGAAUGAUGACACCACUAAUAAAGCAACAAGAACCGCAAUUUCAAGAUCACCCAGAAGCUCUCGAAGAUGAGCAGUCACUUGGUGAAAGAACGAGACUAUUCUUCGAAAGAAUUGAGUGCGAACGUGAGAUAUUACAAAAUCGUUCAGAGAGAAAUACAGUUCUAGGUAUCCAUGUUUCGUCUCAUUCUCAUCACUUGCAAGAAGAACGUCGAAAUCUCGAUACCCCUGAAAAUUCUCUUGAUAAAGCUGAAUUAGAAUCGACUCAGUCAACACCUUCUGCGAUCUCUCAAAGCCGAAGGACAACAUCAAUCUCAACUGAGACAUCAAAGUCAGAAGACAACGAAGAUCACGAAUGUCCUGAUUGUGGAAAAAAGUAUUCGACAUCCUCUAAUUUGGCCAGACACAGGCAAACACAUAGAUCCCUCGGAGACAAAAAGGCUAGGAGAUGUCCACACUGCGAUAAAGUCUAUGUCAGUAUGCCUGCAUUCAGUAUGCAUGUUAGGACGCACAAUCAGGGGUGCAAAUGUCAUUAUUGCGGCAAAUGUUUCUCGAGACCAUGGCUCCUGCAAGGACACAUACGUACUCAUACAGGUGAAAAGCCAUUUAAAUGUACGAUCUGCAAUAAAGCGUUUGCUGAUAAAUCGAACUUACGUGCCCAUAUACAAACGCAUUCAAACACUAAACCACAUGUGUGCGGUCGUUGCGGUAAAGCAUUUGCUCUAAAGUCGUAUCUCUAUAAACACGAAGAAUCAUCGUGUAUGAGAGCUCAUCAUCGAACAUCUGCAGAUAAAACUGAUGGGAAUGAUCAAAAGAUAACGCCGUCGUCAACAAAAUCCUGUGCACCGUUACCUUCUUCUUUGAGCAGAUUACAAACAACGUCAUGUGUUACGGCAUCCCCUACCAGCGUUAUUGUUCCUCGCUUGGGCCUCAACCGCGACCAAAGAAAUUCAUCUUCAGCAUUCUCUGCGAUUAUCAGACAUACGAGAGUCCCUGAUGUAUCCACUGCGCCUCCACCAUCGAAACGUUCCUACAGAGAGAAAACUCCAAGUGAAGAACGUGAAAGGAAAACACCUGAUAACGUUACGAAAAAUCCAGAGUGCGUGUCCAGAAUGGUCAUUAGAACUUCCGUCAUAUCUCCUAAUCCGGAACAUCUCAAUCGCUUCAACAAUGAUAGCCAAACCUCUUCCAGCAAUUACGAUUUUUCCGAUCCCACGAGAUCUUCCGCAUUUUCCCAGCCGACAACGAUGACACUUAAUUUAGCUAUCGCAUAGAAUUAUGAAUGGAAUGUCGAAGAAAUAUAUUCGGCUGAAACAAUAAAACAAGAACUACGGCAAGUAUUUCUAUCAAAUAAUGAUAGCAAUAUUAUCGUAUAAAGGUACACCAAAGAUUAUUUUAUGCAUACGGAACGUUGGAUUUGAAAUCAAAUGUGUAUUAGAAACACGAAAGAACUACCACCUAUAUCAAAAAAUGAACAAUUAAAACAUCGCUUCGUAGAGAUACAAAGACGUAAUUACUUAUUAGCAACUAGUGUCAUUCCUAUCAAUAUCGAGAUAAGUUCGUUAAGUUUUAAUGGAAAACGUUUGAAAUUCUAUUGUCUUACUUAAUGAAAUCUUUCUAUGCAAAUAGCACCCACUCUUUCUUAUAGUUAAGCAUGGGGUUAAUUUUACAAGUUCAACAACGUAACAAAUGUUAAUGAUAUAGAUAACAUCACAAAUAUUAUUCCAUGCACCUUCCUAAUUAGGGACCAUCUAGCACAUAGUCACAUUAACGAUAAAAUUGUGAAUUACCAAUUCCUAGUGUUGUGCCUUAAAUACUAUUCGUAUGUAGUUACAGUUUUUUAAAGACAUAUCACGCGUUGUAUUAAGAAACAAAAGUAAUUUAUUGAUUUAAAGUGAAUUGCAGUGCCUAUAUGCAUACCUACUUUAGUAUUAAUUGUGACAAUCA